AUGAGUGCUGGAGCUCAGCUCACUCAGUCCUUGUUCAGUCCAGGACCUCCAGGCCAUGCAAUGGAUCGAAGUAAACAAUUGGAGAAAGUCCAUGCCGUCAUUGGACCUAAGUCAUGUGACCUGGAUUCUCUCAUUUCUGCCUUCACAUAUGCAUACUUUCUGGACAAGGUCAGUCCACCUGGGGUCCUCUGCUUGCCAGUGCUGAACAUCCCAAGGACCGAAUUCAGCUACUUCACAGAGACGAGGUUCAUUUUAGAAGAGCUGAACAUCUCUGAGUCAUUCCACAUAUUUCGAGAUGAAAUUAACCUGCAUCAGCUGAACGAUGAAGGAAAACUGUCAAUCACACUCGUGGGCAGCAACGCCCUGGGGAGCGAGGACAGAAGUUUGGAAGCCGCAGUUGUCAGAGUCAUUAACCCCGGUGAGCGGAGCGAUGUCGAGCUGGGGUUCCCGGAGUCUUCCUCCUCGCUGGUGCUGAAGGAGCUCCUGCACGAGGCCCCCGAGCUCAUCACCCAGCAGCUGGCACAUCUCCUCAGAGGAAGCAUCCUGUUCAAGUGGAUGACCAUGGACCCUGAGCUCCCGGAGAAGCAGGAGGACAUUCUCUCCAUCCUGGAAGAACAGUUUCCCAACCUGCCUCCCAGAGAUGACAUCAUCAGCGUGCUGCAGGAGACCCAGCUCAGUGCUCAGGGUUUAAGUAUUGAACAAACAAUUCUGAAAGAUCUAAAGGAGCUGUCAGAUGGUGAAAUAAAAGUGGCUGUCAGCACUGUGACCAUGAUCCUGGAGGACUGUCUGUUUCAUAGCAACAUCACCAGCGACUUGAAAGCCUUCACAGACAAGUUUGGUUUUGAUGUCCUCAUCCUGAUCGCGAGCUACACCACGGAGGAGCAGCAGAGACAGCAAAUCGCGGUGUACUCCCAGAACCUGGAACUGUGCAGCCAGAUUUGCUGUGAAUUGGAAGAAAGUCAGAACCCUUGCCUGGAACUGGAGCCAUUUGAAUGUAGCUGUGACGAAAUCCUGGUAUACCAGCAGGAGAACUCUUCUGUGACCUGUGACCAGGUGGUUCUUCUUGUCAAGGAAGUCGUCAACAGGAGGUGUGCAGAGAUGGUCUCUAACAGCAGGACAUCCUCCACGGAAGCUGUGGCAGGCAGCGCGCCCCUGUCCCAGGGCUCCUCCGGGAUUAUGGAACUGUAUGGUUCUGACAUAGAGCCACAGCCCAGCUCUGUGAAUUUCAUAGAAAACCCUCCAGAGCUCAACGAUUCUAACCAGGCUCAGGCCGAUGUCAACAUAGACCUUGUUAGUCCCGACAGCGGCUUGGCCACCAUCAGGAGCAGUCGUUCAUCCAAAGAGAGCUCAGUGUUUCUCAGUGAUGACAGCCCUGUGGGAGAGGGUGCUGGGCCUCACCACAGCCUUCUCCCAGGAUUUGACUCCUACAGCCCCAUCCCCGAAGGGAUAGUUGCAGAGGAACACUGCGAACACUUUGACCUCUUCAACUUUGACCCAGCACCCAUGGCUUCUGAGCAGUCCCAGCCAUCUUCCCAUUCUGCAGACUACUCGCCAGAAGAUGGCUUCCCCAACAGUGAUUCAUCGGAAGGAAACCUCUCCGCGGGGCCGAAAGGACUUGGUGAGAUGGGGAUCAACAAGUCUAAUUACUCCUCCAGCUCACUUUUGUCGGAGACCGGAAAAGACAGCCUUGUGGAAUUUGAUGAAGAGUUUGUUCAGGGACAAGAAAGUUCAGGAGAUAACUCUGAAAGAAAUUUAAGCCUGGCAUGUUUUGUGGGAGAUGGACCUUCUUCCCCGCAACGGCUGAAGAAUAUUGCAAAGAGGAUCCCACCAACACCUAUGAAUAGCUUUGCUGAACUCUCACCGUCAACUGAAGCGCCAGCCCCACUCUAUCCUGAGGAUAUGAUCCAAAAUGCCAUAGACACGGCCCACCUGGGGCCGCCUCAGACCCGCACACGGUGCAGCAGCUGGUGGGGUGGCUUAGAAAUUGACUCAAAAAAUAUUGUGGAUGCGUGGAGCCCCAGUGAGCAAGAGCCUGUCUUCCAGAGCCCUGAAUCCUGGAAAGAGCAUAAGAAUGGCCCUGUUGAGAGGAGAACCUCGGAUUCUGCCUUCCAACCACAAAGUCUCGGAUUCCCAAAGUCAGAUCCCUGGGAAUCUGAAUUUGGUCAGCCUGAACUGGGCAGCAAAGAUACCCAAGACCAGGAGGAGGAGAGCUUGCAAUGUCAGCACCCACCCACAGAGAUGCCACAUUUGACAGAUGCCUCUCCUCAAGGGACAAACCACCUCAUAGAAGACUUCGCCGCUUUGUGGCAUUCGGGUCACUCGCCGACAAUGAUGCCCGAGCCCUGGGGAAAUCCCUCGGAUUCUGUUGACACUGCAGUCUCAGUGCCAUUCCCGGCCUGGGGUGCAUUUGAUAAGAAAAAUAACACCGAGGCUCUAAACAGCACUUGGAACCUUCAUCCCACUAACAACGAGAUGCCGUCUGUGCAGGACCCGAACGAGUGGGCUAUGGCCAAAAGCGGGUUUUCUUUCCCUGUUGCAGACCUACUGGACAAUUCCCUUGUUGAGGUCAAUGGAGAUGCUGCUCCAGAAAUCUGGGGCAAGACGAGCAGCGGCCCCAAGGAUAAUAUUCUUACAUCUGGAAGCCCCAUUUCUGAUCUGGGUCAAACGUGGAAUACUUCUAAGCUGCCAGGGGAAGACCAGAAUGGUUUGGUGGAUCCGACAGCCAGAAGGAGGGUAUAUGGGAAGGAAGGUUCCUGGAGCCUCUUUGAGGAGAGUGUUAAGAAAAGAGGGUCAGAUGUAUCAGCUCCUUGGGAAGACUCCUUCUUGUCCUACAAAUGCUCUGAUUACAGCGCAUCCAACCUAGGAGAAGAUUCAGUCCCAUCCCCCCUGGACACCAACUACUCCACCUCUGACUCUUACACAUCGCCAACAUACGCCGGUGAUGAAAAGGAACCGGAAAACAAGCCAUUUGCUCAAGAGAAUGGUUUUGAGGCCAAAGACACUAACUGUCUUGCAGAGGGUGGUGAAUCUCUUGCAACGUCACUGGAGCAGUCCCAGAGAAAUCGAAUUGGUUCCGGUCCCGGGCACUUAGACAUGUGGGCAUCACCUCCUGCAGACGAUACACCUGAAGGAAGUGACGCUCAUCCUCCAGAUAAAGACUUACUCAAGAUCGAGCAUGCAGAAGGCGAGCAUGCUUCCAGGGAGGGCGGUGGAGGGGAGAGCAGUCCAUCCAGUUACGAUGACCCCGACAGGAUGCAACUCUACAACGAGGCAAACCGGCAGCUCAACCUUCUCCACAGCAACACCAACUCGUGCCAGGCAGCCCCCGACAACCUUGAGACAUGGAGCCGAGUGGUUCCGGAGGACACACAGUCCACCGCGACCAUCUCGGACAUGGACAAUGAACUGGACUGGGAUGACUGCAGUGGGGGCGUGGCGAUCAGCGGCGAUGGCCAAGCAGAAGCUUACAUAGCUACAAACACUGAACCUGAAACCCGGUUCUCAGUGAAGCAGCUGGAACCCUGGGGCACAGAGCAUCAGGAAGCAAACCAGGUAGACUGGGACCUCUCCGCCUCUGCCGAGCCCACUGGGGACACUGGUCCCAGUGAAUACCAUAUCCUGAGUGAGAAGAGUGGGCAGUUAAUUGCAAACAGUAUUUGGGAUUCUGUCAUGAGAGAUAAAAAUAUGCCAACAUUCAGAUUACCAAGCCCACCCAAUACUACAGAUAUGAGACAAAGCACUUGGCCUCCUGAGAUUCCCGGACACUCUGUAAAUGAUAAAGACAGUCCCAUGUUAGAAGCCUCUGGAUUCAGUGAGUCAGCAGCACUUACAUCUCAACCUGAUGACCAGGACAUGUGGACAGAGUCCCAAGGUGACACAGCAUCCUUGGUGACCAGGCCCGAGAGUCCAGAACAUGCCACACAGUCAGAUCCGUGGACAGGCCGUGCUUUCGGACAGAGAGAAAGUGAGAUUGAAGGCCUGGGAGCCUCUAGCAGUGGGCAUCUCAACAAGGAGGCAGUGAUAGGCUCUGGGGUGGAGGGAGCCUUGUGGGUUUCUGGAAAAGAGCCCAGUGACCAGGCAAUGUCUUCUUCAGCUGCAUUUAAACACCAAGAAAUCUGCAGUGCCUCGGGCAAAAUCAACUCCCUUCCAGUCACUUCCGCUCCUCAAACAGAGGGACCAGAGGAAGCCUUAGAAGUCGAGAAGGAGCCUUAUACUCUAGACUCCUUUGCUGUGCAAACAGAGACAGCCACAAGUGAUUUGCAGACAAAAGAGUCCCUUGAGGAAUCUCUCAUGGAGCACAGAAAUUCAGGUGAAACUGGCACAACUUCCGGUAGGAUUCAUCAAAUAGAAAAUAUGCCUUUAUCUGAAAUGGAGCUUGAGAAAACUGAAGCCCGUAAUCUUCUGGAGUCAGAAAGAGCAGAUGAAAAGCUGCUUUCUGAGUCUCCUCAAACCUUGGACGACUGGAACGGCGCUAUAGAUAGUGACGUGUGGGACAGUCGCAUAAGUUAUGAGGCAACUGCGGAUCCUGCAGGUCAUGGCCCUGAGAGCGGCUUCCCAGAAGCCCUUUCCCCAGGAAAUUAUGACAGAGACAGCCUCUCCAGUGAAUGUACUCAUUCGAGUAUGUCGAGUCCUGAUGCAAAUGAUUCUCCAGUGGCUUUGCCCUGGACCCAUGGACCCGAUACUGAACUUCAGAAAGAGGCUCAGGACGACAGGAGCAAACCGAUUCACCAAGAACCGCAACGAUUUGCCACCGAAUCCCAAGCAGAAGUGAUUACUGAAAUGAGGGACUUUGCAGAAAACAGAAAGGAUGGGUUGGGAAAGCUGUCUGAUCACAAGGAUCCUAAAUUUCCCGAGAUUCCAAGCGAGUCCAUCAACGGUGACUCCUCAUCCUCUUCAUCCAGCCUUGGAACAGAUAAAUAUCCAGAAUAUUCUUAUGCAUAUCAGGGAGGAAAUGUGACGAUCAGCCUUCAAGAGAAAAAUGAUCUUGACUUUCUGGAAAUUGCACAGCCAGAGGACACUAGGAUCAUAUCCACAAGCUCAGGUUCUGACGAUGAUGGUGAGGGUGGCAGAGAGUUGGUGGAGAGGGGGCUCCAUUUGGCCACAUGCCAAGUUUCUCAGAGUGAAUCCGGGGCUUGUGAUUCACUGCAUGAACCCGAGUUCAUGACCGCAGAGGAUCCCAAGUCUGAAUUUUCUAUCUUUGUGGGUAGUUCUGAGCCAAAAGAGAAAGAGAGCAAGCCAAACCCAUUCUGUGACAGUCAACAAAGCAGCCCUGGUCAGUGGAUCUUGUCACCACUCAUGCAGACUGGCACGCAGGACACAUCUGUGGAGGUCAAAGCUGUGGAAACGGGGAGGAUGGACGACAGCAUAUGGCAAGUGUCUCCCAAGCCUGAGCCCCGGGGUGGAGACCCUGCUCAACUGGAAAUGCUUGGCUUCUCAACCGACAGCAGUGAGUGGUGGAACAGCCCUCUACAGGAAGGAAGACCAGAUGUCAGCACAUCUGCAGAGCCAUUGUCUGACUCAGAGGGGGAGUCUAACUUAGAGGCGACUUCUCCAGUAUUCCAGAAUUCGGGUCCCCGGGGCGUGCCCAUUCAGAGUGGGAGUGAACCUGUGGACAUAGACAAUAUUAAUCCCUUCAGUGGUAAACUGAAGUCACCCCUUCUAUAUAGCAAUGGGGACAAGUCACAUGAGAAACUUUGGAACAUUCAACCAAAGCAGCUCGACUCAGAUGCCGACCAGUUCUGUCAGCUUGUAAUACUGAACCAAGUUAAAGACAAAGACUCAGGCCAGCAAACAGCCAUGUCCUCUACUGCUGAUGACCUUCCUGUGGAAACUCACAACCAGGAGCAGCGUCAGGAACCUGUGCUCUCCGUCUGGGACCGUGCGGACCCAACAUUGACUAACAGAGAUGAGAAGGGAUGCCUCAGCCCUGGGGUUUCCCCCACUGGGUGCCAACAAGAAAACUGGUGGGGACAAGAAAAAUCCUAUCCAGGCCAAGUGACACAUUCAAGCACGGUCAUGGGAAAUCUCCCUGCAGUCAGUACUCCCACACAGCUGAUGGAGAAGUCGGGUUCUGAAUGGGAUAGCCCCAGCCCCGGCGAGCCCCAAUGUAACUUUGUUCCAGAUAUUUUACACGACAACUUCCAGGAGGGUGGACAACUGGCCUCAGCUUCCCCUGAUUUGUGGGUGGACGUCAAAGAGCCUUUCGCCUUCAGAGCAGAUGCUGAAAAUCCUGAUAUACUGACUCACUGCGACCAUGACAGCGACUCUCAGGCCUCCAGCAGCCCUGAUGUGUGCCACGAUUCUGAAGGAAAGCAAGAGAUGGAGACGCAUGCAGGUGUUUCCCCGGGACCCGAAGUGGAGCCCAGUGAACUUUACCUCCCUGAGCCAAAGAUGAAUGAUGAACCUACUCAGGGACCCAGGAAGGCAUCUCUUCCACACAAGUCAGAACUCCACUCUGAACACGCAAUGCCACUGCCUCUGAUUGAUAGUCAGAUGGAUAUAAACAGCUCAUCUAAGCCUGCCUCCCCCAAAAGUUCCCCAGAACCUUCUGAUAGGCAUGGAGACAACAAUACAAGCUUAGCAGCGUUAGAGGAAGAUGCCAACACGGAGGUAGAAGCCAUGGACAGGGAGAUCCCAGGCACUGGAAAUGGAGACACUGACACUCCCAUGACUUGUCAGGAGGUCAGUAUAGAAGGCAACGGCUCUUGGGUGUCAGAAGACCUUUGUCCUGACAGUCAGACAGGCACGGGAGCCUUGCUUGACUGUGAGCAACCUUUUGCUUCUGAGAACCCUGCUGUACUGACUGACAUCUUGCUAGCCUCAGACACCUGCCUGGAUGUAAGCGAAGCUGCUUUUGAGCACAGUUUCAGUGAAGCCUCAGGCCUCAACACUUCCACGGGCACUAUAGACGAUAUGAGCAAGUUAACGCUAUCAGAAGGCCAUCCUGAAACACCAGGUGAUGGGGAUGCAGGGAAGCAAGAUAUUUGCUCAUCUGAAGCUUCCUGGGGUGAUUUUGAAUAUGAUGUCAUGGGCCAGAAUAUUGAUGAAGAUCUGAUGAAAGAGCCCGAACAUUUCCGCUAUGGGGGUGAUCUUCCAUUGGAAGACGGAACGCUGAAGCAAUCGCUGGCACCAUACACACCCCCCUUUGAUCUGUCCUACCUCACAGAACCUACUGGUGAUGUUCAAACAGCCCAGGAAGCUGGGUCUCCAGAUGAUGCAUCUCUGGGGAGUGACGCAGCAGAGAUGUUACUUUCUGCUCUUCCUGAUCAAGGGGAGGAAAACCACACUGAGACCAACGGCAGGCAGCCUAGACACCAGGUGACUGUGUUGCAUAUUCAUGAAGACCCUGAGGCUCUUUCUUCACCUGUAGGAGGACCGGGUUCCAACAUAGAGUCAUCACCAUCAAAUAUUGACUGGGAAAUAGAAACAGAUUAUUCAGAUUCGCCAGCAGGUGGCGCCAUGAGACCACCAGACGGUGUCAGCAAGGAGACAGCAGAGUUAGAAGAGAACGUAACUCCCACAAAAGGACCCGAGCAGACAAAAUUAGAGUCCAGUGAAGAUAAAUGGGCCGAGAAGAGCGAAGACCCCCACGCACUAGCUGUGGGUUACAUACUCGUAAGCCAUAAAAAAGAUUCUCCAUUGAAACCGGAGGCCUGGGAAGCAAGAGAAAACUUACCCGAAUCAGAAAAAUUAUCCAUAGGUUCUGGAGAAACAGAGCUACUAGAAACUCAGUUAGCAGGGGCCCCAGACACAUGCCAGCCUGAGUCUUUAAAUGAAGUCAAAGUUGGUUCUGCAGAGAGAAUGUCUUCCGACCACAACAAGGAGGCAUCUCCUGAAAGCCCUGCACAAGAGCAGAACUGGAUGGUCCUGGGCCACAGUGAGGUUGCUGAUCUAUCCCCAGAAACAAGGGACUCCGAGUCUGGGUCUCCUGGUAAAAUGGUGGAGCAGUUCUUGAGUCUCAGCUUGGACAAGGGCCCCCAGUCCCAGGAUCUGGAAGGAAAUAAGCCUCUAGACUCUUUAGCACUAGAGGAAGUCGCUGCUUUGAGCAGCCAAUCAAGGAAGAGCAAGAGACGAGGUCAAGCUGGUCUAGAUGCGGUUCCAACACAGGCUGCCACCCAGGACAAUGAAUGGGAAAUGCUUUCGCCACGGCUCUCCCAGAAAAAGAGGAUCCCUCCACAAGAAAUGGAGGAGGAGACAGAGUUCCUUGAGCCUAGACUCAGAAAGCCAAGACCAAAUGGAUCCCCGUCGGAGGAUGUGGGAAUGGAUGUCCCCUUCGAGGAGAGGGUGCUGAGUCCCAGUGCUGCAGAAAUGAGGCCUGAACCUCCAAAUUCCCUGGAUCUCAAUGGCAGUCACUCUCGGAGAAUCAAGCUCACAGCCCCAAAUAUCAACCUUUCUCUGGACCAAAGUGAAGGAUCGAUUCUCUCUGAUGAUAACCUGGACAGUCCAGAUGAGAUUGACAUCAAUGUAGAUGACCUCGAUACCCCCGAUGAGGCAGAUUCUUUUGAGUACACUGGCCAUGAAGACGCCACAGCCAACAAAAGCUCUGGUCAGGAGUCAGAGUCUAUUCCAGAGUACACAGCCGAAGAGGAGCGAGAAGACAACCGGCUGUGGAGAACAGUGGUGAUUGGAGAGCAGGAACAGCGGAUUGACAUGAAGGUCAUCGAACCCUACAGGAGAGUCAUUUCUCAUGGAGGAGACUCAGGAUACUAUGGGGACGGCCUGAAUGCUAUCAUUGUGUUUGCUGCCUGUUUUCUGCCAGACAGCAGCCGGGCAGAUUACCACUACGUCAUGGAAAACCUUUUCCUAUAUGUAAUAAGUACCUUAGAGCUGAUGGUAGCGGAAGACUACAUGAUUGUGUACUUGAAUGGUGCCACCCCCAGGCGGAAGAUGCCAGGGCUAGGCUGGAUGAAGAAAUGUUACCAGAUGAUUGACAGAAGGUUGCGCAAGAACUUGAAGUCAUUCAUCAUUGUCCACCCGUCGUGGUUCAUCAGAACGAUCCUUGCGGUGACGCGACCUUUCAUAAGCUCAAAAUUCAGCAGUAAAAUUAAAUACGUUAGUAGUUUAUCUGAGCUCAGUGGGCUGAUCCCCAUGGACUGCAUCCACAUCCCCGAGAGCAUCAUCAAUAUUGACCUGAAGCUGAAAGAGAAGCCCUAGCUGGCUGGCUGGCAGAGGAGGGAUCACUUCCUGCUUCGCGGUCUGCUGGAACAUGCCUACAUGGAAGAGACGGGGAUGGUAUCACCUUUCUCCUCCUUGCACCACACGGUGCCAUUGGAAAUGUCCACAGGGCAAAAAAUAGGAAGAGAGUUUCUUCACUGUUAAAAUAUUUUAUGAAAUGUUGUGUAUUUUCCUAUUUUGCCAAUUAUGUGCCUCAACCAUUUGAGUUGAACCUUAGCAAGAAACUAGAACCUUCCAUUUUAAUAUUCUGCUAACCCUUGGUGCAAUGGGACUCGGUUCCUUAGAUUGGUUUUUACCAAAAGUAUAGCCUAAUUUUGCUGUUAGACAGAUGUGGAUGCAUGUCUGUAGUUUGACUGAAUUUCCCUGUACAGCUUGUUCUGGAUUUAAGAUGCACAGGGCUUGCUUUGUCCCUGGAAUGCGACUCUCUAGAGCUCUAUGAAAUGUUGAGUCUGAUUGGGACAGACAGACAGACAUAUGACAUCCUCAUCAGCUAAGGCACCUGCUCCCUUCCUGUCCACUCGGGUCUUCUUUUAAUUUUUCAGAGGGAGCUUAGGCCUUCUAACACGUGUAAGCUUUACUUUACAUAGCUGUACGGAAUGGCUCUUUUAGGACAUUAUUUCCCUAAUGAUCUUUGGAGACCUUCAUAUCGUGAAAGUUAAGAUAAACAUCGAAUUUUCAGUAGCUCACUAUGCUUCAUGCAACAAAGCAGGUUCAAGCCUUUAGACUUCAACUGCCAACUCCAAGGUGGCCCACACAAACCUUAUUUGGUAACAGUAAAUCAUCCAAAAUUAACACGCAUAUGCAUUGCAAAAGCAACGCUUUAAGAGGUUUACAAUUAAACACAAGUAUCUACUAGCCUUCAUAAAAUAGUUCGUUUCUAUCUGUGGAUCUCUAGAAGAGACUGGCACGCUAUCCCGAGGAUAGGCCUUCACUGCAAAUGAAGGUGGCUUCCUUCCAUUAGCCAUAUGCAAUCAUACUAGGAAGUUUUACCGAUUUCAGUAUCCUAAAAUAAAAUGCUACUGGCGCACAGAGGCACACAUUUGUUUUCAUACUGUCUGAAGCUCCUUUCACGCCUUCCUCUCCAGAAUGGAGUAGUGACAACAGACAGUUCUCCACAGAACCAAAACACCAUCUUUAGAGGAGGAAAACAAGAAAGAAGAAAGCGUGCUGAUCGCUUCGCUACCAAAUAUACCCAUUCCCACCUUGGCCUCUACACCUUUUGUAUCUAUUUAAACACUUUAUCCAACUGAGUGGGCAGAAGUGGAUAUAAACUCACUUGUUUUUGUCAAAAACAUUUUUUUCUUUCAAGACACGAUCUCACUAUGUAUCCUAAUUGUCCUAGAGCUCACUAUGUAGAUCAAGCCAGACUCAAAGUUGUGGUGAUCCUCCUGUGUCAGCUUCCCAAGUGCUGGCUUAUAGGUUUCCACUAUAAAUAUCUGGCCUUGUAGAGAAAAUUUCGGCAUUUAGAGACAGUUAAAUGUCACCCAUGGCCUACUGAGAAAAACGAGGGGUCCUCGCACAAAAGCAUGCCAGGACCAGACUCAGACUGAAGCCGUCCAGCAAGCUCCUCUUGAGACUCAUUUUCCAAAGUCCCCUGUUACCAAGUAGUGGGCAGACAUCAAGAUGAGUGAAGACAGGCCCUGCCUGGUCACUUUGCUGAGGAGAGCUGUCUACACUCUGUGCCCUGGAGCAGUCCCCUCAGCCGGGAGACUUUGUUGCCCAGGUGACAGGGCUUCUCUAGCUCCGUUUGAUUCCUGUCUGUUUCCAAUCUGGUCUUCCAUCCAAGCUCACACACUAUUCAUGGGCCAUUUCUCCUCUCUUCAUAAGCCUCCACAUCACCAUUUAGUUUUGCCUAUCGAUCCCUUUCAGCUUGGUACCUUUUAGAUUUUUGUCUUUCUUUUUUUAAUCUCCUUCCUCAUUACAUUUGGUAAUUUGAUAGAAAAACCCCAGAUUGAGCUUUGUAAGCCCAACUCCGAGCAUCACGGUGGCUUGAGGAUAGCUACCCAAUAUUCUGAUCUGCUCACCUGUCUAACACAUUAACUCCAUCCUAUCCCAUUAAGAAUUACAGGUUCCCCCAGCCAUGUUGAACCCAUGAAGUCAUGAGGACCUCAGAGUUCAACUAAGGAAACCUGUAGACAGUGGAUCGUUGAGAGAGCAAGCUUUUCACAGCCAACCAGAUACGGUAACAAUCCCACCAACUUACAUUUUCUUUGAGCUUGUCCAGCCUUUGUAUGGACGCUCACUCAGGUGACAUGACAUAGUAAAUUUAGUGUGAGCAUCUUUCAAAUAAAUGAUGUUUGGAAUAUCCUUGGCUGUGAUACCACUCCAAUAUUUAGGCUUGUACUAUCUUAUUAUCAUCAGAAAAACAGGCUACUUUAAUUGCACGUGCUAGAGAAAAGCUACCACAUUCAUCCAAUGAAUAGACUACUGGCAAAUCCCCAAACUAGCCUGUAAACAGGUAGAUAUAACUCUUCCAUUGCUCGGCUCCAGUGCCUGCACCCUCAGCAUUCUUGCUUUGGUUCGGACUGCUGGGAACUCUUUGCACUUUUUCCUGUAGAUCUGUAGGUAAGGGAACACCGAGGGGCCAUCGGGGCCAGGGUGGUGUUUUCACUCUAAAUAGCAGCGACUGUUUAGCUGGCUUUUGACUAAGGGAUGGACCAAAAAUCUGCACAGAACAUAGUUGAUGAAGAGUGAGAUGUUGAGGGCAAUAACUAGGGAUGGAGGAAGGCCCCAAAGUUCCUGUUGAAGCCAUUACAGUGUUAUAUAUGGUUCCUCCCUAGGGCAUCCUAAUGAGCAAGGAAGUCACUCCCCCUUAGCCUCCAUUCUUAGGAUGUAGUCGUGAGGAUUCCUUUAUGGUUCUGCUCAACCCUGUCUUAUCACAUGCCCCUGUGGUCUGCUACUUUAGAAAUAUCUAGGUGUGCACAAAUUAACCUUUUAUAUAUUGAAAGAGUUUUCUACAUGUAUUGGAUUGCUGAGAGUAAAGUAUAUAUUAGACUUGUUUUGGUAAACAAAUAAAUUCUACCUAAAUAGUAUGGAUUAAAAAUACAAAAAUAUGUAAGAAUAUAUCUAUAUACCCUCGCUGUGUAACUCUGAAAUAAAACUAGAUUCCACAUUU